GCUCACCUGCCGCGUCAACGCAGACGAUCCACUCCGCAUACGUCUCAUACGCACGGCAAGCGUACGCCAAAGAAGAGCCAAUGCUGACGCAUAAUCUAUGGCGCCGCUGCUUUUUGACGCACCUCAUCACCACCUGCCCAAUCGCAGAUGUGUCGGAGGCGCUGGAACCUGUCACUCACCUUGUCUGGUUGCGAACUAAGCUUAUGAUGCCAGCACGGCCAACUUGCAGCCCCAGUUGCAGCGAGCGAUAUGAGCUUGCCGCACUGCAUACGACAGCAGCAAGUGCAACCGCAAGUGGAGCAGAGCGACAGCUACAGCCCUCACAACGAUGGCAAGAUGACCUCUGCCGUGCACCGCUCGACCUGGCUGUGCUCGAGCGCUUUCUGCGAGUACCCGUCGUUAGCGUGCGCAGCCGUUUGCCGAAGCAGAGACAGCAACCGUUAGACAUCUUCCCAAAGCGUUGAAUGUGGUGAUUUGCUAGACGUACCUUCAGUGCUCAAACAGAAGCUCUACGCCGGGCUAGAAAACAUCACUUCUGCUGGCAGAGGCUUGUGAAACUUCAAACGCUUACGGCUCGCCCCCUGGAGCGAAGUGUUUGCUGUCUUGAAGCCAACGCUUCAGAUUUCGACUCCCCUUCGUCGGUCUGAC